AAGGGCUGACCUCUCCGGUUAACCAAGCAAGCCUGGACAAAGAUUGCAGAGGAUGCCUCCAGUUGUGGGGUCAUCUGAAGAACCUAUCCACAGUGGCACAAGUGCAACAAUGUCUUUCUAAGCUCCCCCAGGAUAUUGCUAUGUGGAAACUUGUCAGCAAUGACUGAUGUUGAAACCUCGUAUGCAGACUUCAUUGCUUCAGGACGGACAGGCCGGAGAAAUGCACUACACGACAUCCUGGGUUCUCCAUCAGGUGUAAACACAAGCGACUUAAGCCUUAAAUUAGCAGAGUUGAAUAUUGACAAAAAAGAAGGGGAUGCUGAAAAGGAAACACAGGCUUCAACAAACCAACCUUCUGGAUCUCAGGAGGCACAAGAAAAGAGAGAAAGUUAAUCUGUCAGAAACCUCUUGAACUUGCUGGUACUGCUCACUAGCUUUUGUGUUUCCGAAAGUCAUCAGAGGCUGUAAACAGAGGAAAGAGAAAUUGAAACAUGAGUUCCUUAGAAGACUGGCACUCAGGAAAUGGACUCUUUAUAUCUUGGACUGAAUAUAUCACAACAUACAAAAUGGACUCUACCUUCUUUCUCAAUGGCUGAAGAGUUGCUGAAUUGAAUUAUGAAAGAAAAUGUGAUUUAUGGGUCAGUUACAUCCAAAAUUAGCUUUAGAAGGAUGAUAGAAACAGAUCAAGUAUCUGCUCUAAUUGUCAGACUUUAGUGUGUCAAUAUGUGUCAAUAUCCAAGACAGAGGAUCCUAUUGCAUUUACGAAAAAAGGUUCAGUGAUCCAUGGAGGACUAUAGGUGCCCUGACCAAAGCCCUAAAGUCAGGAAUCCUGAAAUGGUUUUCAUUUGAUUUUUGCAAGUGACCAGAAACAGUGCUUUAUUGAUGCCUGUGAGCACUCAGCACUGUUUACCUGAAUAUGUGUCAACUAGAGAGUGUCUUUGAUCAACUGUAGUGGAAAGGUUAGAACUUCUGUAAUAUAACUGACCUGCUUGGUGCUUGCAGUAGUUGUUUGUAAAGAUUUGCUUUAUAAUAGUUCGUGUUGUAAAGAAUUGUUAUUGGAUUACUGAAAUAUCAAAUUCAUCAAGCAUUUGCAUUAAAUUUCAUGAGGAGUCAGCCUGUGAGCACUUGCACAUCUUUGUAGCUUACAGUUACUAUAAUUUGAUUCAGUUUAGCUCUGUUACAAGCUCAGCAUUUCCAGAGACACAGAUACCCACUGCAGUUUAUUCAAUUUAAUAUAAUUGUUUAUUAACCUGUAAAAUAUUUAUUCUUUAUCAGCACCAAAGUUGGCGGUGAGACAAAAGUUGUAGUGAAAGAACUGACCAUUAUCCGUGAUUUUUUUUAGUCAUAACCAAUUCAAAUAUUAAAAAUGUUACGAACUUGUAACCUGAAGCAUUUGCAAGUGUAUUUACAAUUAUUUAAAUUUCAUAGGAUUAACCCUUUUUAUUGACAUAAAUCAAUAUGUGCUUUUUAUGGAAUGCCUCCCAACAAUAUAAUCCUACAUUUAAAUUGUGCUAUUUUCAUCUUUGGUCAAUCAAUAUAAAUUGUCAUCCUAGUCACAUCCUAUCAGUGAAUAAAUAAAUCUAUUCAAGACAGCAUUUUAACCAAAUUCCUAUUAUUUCUAUUCCUAAUCUUGCUGCAAAAUUAUGAACUUUUCACUGAAUCAGUAGUCACUGAAAGGUUAAGUAAAUAUGUUGCUCUUCCAGCAAAUUUACAAUAAAAAAACCAGAUCAAUUUUCCAGACUUAGUUGAUACUGAACUUUUUCCUGGACCUAAGUAAACGUUGUGUACUUUUGGAGCUUUGUAAACCUUUGAUACACUUUCUGUAUUUUUUUUAUAUCUAUCAACCAUUUGAGAUUCUAAAAGAUAAUUUUACUCAAGUAUUGGUAAAGAUUAACCACUUUACUGUUUCCAGUAUCAGUUAAUCUUGCUGUUUUAUUGUGAAAUUGAGUAUGAUGCACAGUAUUAAUUGUUCUAAUAACAUUUCUAAUUAUUGAUCAGUUUCAAAAUCCAGUAGCCAACUAUGCUAGUAUCCAUGGAAUAAAUAAAGCUUUACACUGUUACCUAAAUAACCAUGAUUAAACUGUUAAGAGGAA